AUGGAUUCAUCUUUGAUGUUCGAGGAUUCGACUACUAUCGAGCACAUGUCAACAUCGCAGUACAUGGAGUUGGAAUAUUCCAACAGCCUGCUAAAACAGGAGAGCAUCGCCAAGGACGAAAACUCGAGGCGCCUUCAACUUCAAAUCCUCCUGCUCCAAGGUCAUAACGACGAACUCCAGCGACAAGUAGCCAUUGAGAGCGAGCGAAACACCCAACUUGAGAACGAGCGAAACACCCAACUGGCCAAAGAGAACGAGAGAAACACUCAACUUCCCGUCGAGAACGACCAAAACACUCAACUCAUCCUCGAGAAAGAGCGAAACACUCAGCUUUCCAUUGAGAACGAGCGAAACUCUCAACUUCUCCUCGAGAAAGACCGAAGCAUUCAAAAACUUACCGCCGAGACCGAGCGAAUCACUCGGCAACUUGCACUCAAGAAGGAACGGGGCGCUAAGAAACUUGCCCUCGAGAAGGAACAGAACACUCGACAGCUAGCCAUUGAGAGCGAGCGCAACAUCCACAAACAAUCACUGGGAGGUCCAGCGCCAAUAAUCCCCGACGAAACAGAGCGCAACGUCCACAAGAAGUCAUCAGGAGCUCCAGCGCCAAUAAUCCCGCAUGAACUAGAGCACAACGUCCGCAAAAAGUCAUCAGGAGCUCCAGCGCCUAUAAUCCCCGAUGAACCAGAGCCCAAGAAGAGGAAGCGCAAGGUAUUCGGGACAGUGAAGACGAUAUUUGACGAAGAGUAUAACGAGGCAGACAAACGACCAACAAGGAUAUCCCUUGCCCCUGCUCUGGCGAAACCUGGAGGAAACCUUGCUUUCCUUCGCAAGAGCGGUGCGGGUAUUGCUAAUGCUGCGUUCUCACCAUUAAAAAAAGACAAGAGGGGUGGAAAGGCUAGCUUUCUUGGGAUAGGUUCGCGGGCUUUGACAUUUGCCGCCAACCAGAUUCUCCUGCGAUUCAUAUCUCCAGACUUGCUAGGAAUAUCGACUCAGUUCGAGGUGUACCUGAUAUCGGUACUAUUUUUCGCCCGAGAGUCCCUACGAGUAGCAAUACAACGGCAAUCCGAAGUUUCUGAAGGUCCUGGAGAGGCAGACAAAUCUACACAGGAUAGAGAAAAGUCGGAACAGAAGAGGAAGCUGGCCAUAGAAAAGACGCAGGCGCUUGUGAAUCUGGCCUACGUUUCAAUAUUCUUGGGGAUCUUCUUUGCGUGGGGACUGGCCUGGGCAUACAUUCGCUCUCUGCGCUCCAACCCCAAGGUUCUCGGCACCCUCUACUUUAAAGAAACCCUCCAGCUCUAUGCGAUCGCAGCUGUCUUUGAGUUGCUGGCCGAACCGUGCUUUGUUGUUGUCCAGCAGAAGUCCGAAUACAAGACACGGGCCUUUGCUGAGUCUAUAGGAGCGUUACUCCGUUGCGUCGUUACAUGCGCUUCCAUCGUCUUCGCUUCCAAGACUGGCUUGGAUCUGGGCGUGUUUCCCUUCGCACUUGGCCAAUGGACGUAUGGCCUGUCAAUACUUUUAUGUUAUCUCUGGCGAGUCUCAGCUAUAUCAGCUGCAGACAACUUUUCAUUGCUUGCAAGACCGAUAGCGCCGAGUAGUAAUGAAACUUAUAUCAUGUCAUAUUUCUCAAAGCCACUGGUGACGCUCGGGGCGAGCCUUUUUGUGCAAGGAGUUGUCAAACAUAUUCUAACAGAAGGAGAUGUGCUCUUGAUAUCGUAUCUAGCAUCUCUUUCCGCUCAGGGAAUAUAUGCCCUGGCAUCGAACUAUGGAGGUCUUGUUGCUCGCAUGGUCUUCCAACCCAUCGAAGAGAGCAGCAGGAACUAUUUUGGCAAACUUCUCUACUCCAGCAACGGCCAGCGUUCGAGUGGGACAAUAUCAUCUGCUAGAGACGAUUUGCACAAGCUUCUGCGGAUAUACACACUCAUGUCAAUAUCGGCAAUGACCGUUGGACCAACCAUGGCACCGCUGCUGUUGAAGUUCGUUGUCGGCAGUAGAUGGGCGUCAAGCGGUGCAGGCGACGUUCUUUCCAAGUACUGCUACUACAUACCCCUCCUGGCAUACAAUGGCGUACUGGAAGCUUUCGUAUCGGUUGUUGCGACCGAAUCUCAACUGAACCGCCAGUCGCUCUGGAUGUUGGCAUUUUCUGUAGGAUUCGCUAGCACUGGCUAUGUUUUCCUUCGUCUGGUCGAUCUCGGCGCGAUAGGUCUUGUUUACGCAAAUAUGGCAAACAUGGUGUUUCGGAUACUAUGGAGUUAUAACUUUAUCAACAACUUUUUCCGCAGGCAUAACAGCCAAUUGAACUUGGGUCUGAUACUACCAACUGCAACGACGGUGGCUGCUGCUUUUGGGACUAUUGCCAUAUUUUACUACCAGAGCUCACAAGAGGGCAGCGACAUCAAAACCUUCAUCACCACUACUGUAAUUGGAGGUAGCUUCUUCAUUCUUCUCGUCCUGUCCGAGCAUAAGUUCCUUUUGCAAUGCUACCGCUCAGUCCGAACGCCGUCAACAUGA